UCUAUACGGCCAGAUUGUUUUGCCGAACCACAGAAUAUGCCUGUCUGCUGUCUUCCAAAAUCUCCUUUAACAAUUGAUUCCUUGCAUUAUACUACCCUGGCUGGCCUACCAAUCUACAUAAUGAUGGCCGUUUUGUUGAUGAGUUCGCUAUUCCUUGCAUCG